CUCUGAACUAGUCAGGUCUCCAUCAGGACCGUGCACGUUUAACUGCCCGGAAUGCAUUUCAUCUGAACUAUUACAAUAAAUCGCUUGCUGAUAUAGCCGUAAUACUUGGAGUCAGUAGAAUUAUUUUCCUCGUCCUCGUGGUCCAUAGGGCCCACUCAGUCUCCCCAACAGAGGUCUUGCUGAACUGGAUAGAAAUGGCAGACUCGCGGCUCCAACAGAUAACGGCGCCUUCGAUCGGGAGGCAGUUCAUGGAAAGAAUGUUAAGAAGGCUUCAGGAAGUUCUGCAACGUCAGCCAGUGGAUUUGGACUAUUUACAUUUUGUUUUAAGCCAUGAAAUGGGACUUGUGCACUCUUUUGCUAAUGUAGUGGAACUGCCACAAGAUGUUGUUCGUGCCUUGUCUGAUGUUUUGAGAAUUCUUCGCUUGCAAGAGGAGCAGCAAAGACCUUUAGCUUCUUCCUAUGUAGAGGUUGUGGCGGGUAGUAGGGGACAGCCAAAAUUUGUUGUAUCGAAAGAACAUCUGCAAAACCUCAUUGAUAUGCAGCUGUCCAUCCCUUGCAUAGCUAAGUUACUGGGUGUCUGCAAAAGGACUGUGUUUCGGCGGAUGCAAGAAGAGGGACUAUCAGUUAAGGGAUCAUACAGCAACCUGACAAAUGAGGAGCUGGACACCCUUGUGCGUUCAGUUAAAUUGAGGAUGCCUCAUGUUGGCUACAGGAUGAUGAAGGGCGAACUGCAAGCUAUGGGACACCGUGUAAGAUGGGAGCAGGUUUCAGCGUCCAUGCACAGGGUGGAUUCUGCAGGGAUCUUUGAGAGAUUCACAGGCUUGGGCUGUGUCGCUAGAAGAAUAUAUUCCGUCAAGGGUCCCCACUCACUGGUUCACGUGGACACAAAUCACAAACUUAUCAGAUAUGGCAUUGUCAUCUUCGCCGGGAUCGAUGGUUAUUCACGAAAGAUCAUGUACCUGGGUGCUUCUAAUAACAACAAGGCAUCAACUGCACUUGGCUUCUUCAUGAGCUCUGUUGAAAAGUUUGGCUUUCCAUUAAGAGUUAGAGGAGACCAAGGGGUAGAAAACGUUGGCAUCGCUCACUGCAUGUUCACUGUUCGUGGCUGUGGCAGAGCAAGCUACAUAUCUGGAAAAAGUGUGCAUAAUCAAAGGGUGGAGCGCUUGUGGCGUGAUGUGUGGAUGGCGAUAACAUGUGUAUAUUACGAACUACUUCACAGUCUUGAAGAGGAUUGCCUGCUAGAUCCCUCCAACAGUCUGCAUUUAUUUUGUGCCCACUACGUAUUUGUGCCACGUCUCCAGAGGGACCUUGACACUUUCAAAGAAGGGUGGGACAACCAUGCCAUGCGAACGGAACAAAACCUGACUCCCAAUCAACUUUGGACAAUAGGACUUCUCCAGAACCCUGUGCCUGCUCCACAGAACUUAGAGCAUAUACAAGAUCUUUUCUUGGACUGGAACCAUGACGGAGUGACAGAAGAGUCUGCCAGUGGAGUAAUUCUACCACCAAUCCAGUGCCCUGAAUUUUGGGAAAAACAAAAAACCAUUUUACACCGUAUUAACAAAUACAAAACGCGGCCCAAUUCAGCCUGCGUUACGCAUUUUUUAUGUACACUUAAUGAAAGUAGAAGAAAACUUUAA